UUCAAACACUAUCUAUCCUCCAGCAAUAGAGGUUAUUGCUAGUACAUGGUCUAGGGAGUCACAUGAUCUAUAUGAUUAUGAAUCUAGGAAUAUCCGAUCACAGAGGUUCAUACUACCAAUAGAUGAUGAUACAGGUGAUACAUCAUCAACACUCUAUCGCGUAUUAUACGAUAAUGAUGAUAGUACUGGUUAUAGUAAGGGUAUGAUUACCAAUACGAGUGGUAUAUUAGAAGUACCCAUUAUUAAUACAUCUAGGGUUAUUAUUAAAAAUGAUGAUGAUAUUGAUGAAGUGGAGGGUAGUAGAGUAGAGGAACCAUUAAUAAGUAUAGGAAGGUGCAAUCCCACUACUGAUGAUAUGUAUAUUAAAGGAGUGAGCCAUUGUGAUCAUAAGAAGUGUAGGCCAUGGUUAGUAGUACAUGAUCCAUCCAAUGCUGUUGAUGGUGUAUCAUUAAAAGAAGGAGAUAUAUUAAGAUUAGGGAGAGUUGAAUUAAGGGUUCGUCAGAUGGUAUAUGAUAACUAUCGAUCACAGUCCAAGGAAGAGGAGGAGGAGGAAGAAGAAGAAGAUGGUCCUACACUCACACUACCAGGAGGAGUAGGGGGAUGUUGUUCACCAUCAUCUACAGUAUGCUCCAAUGAUGAUGACAGGGAGGAGGUGGAGGUGGAGUUACAAUUGCUCUCUAAGGGUGUUAGUAAAGAUUCAUCCAUGACCAAGGCAUAUGUAGAUAGAUCUAUUCAUGGUUUAUCAUCAUCAUCAUCAUCAUCAUUGCAUGGUAUGGUAUGUAGGAUAUGUUUGAUGGAAGGUACAUCGAGUAUACAUGAUCCAUUCGUAGCACCAUGCCAUUGUAGUGGUAGUAUAAAAUAUGUCCAUAUUAAUUGCCUAAGGCACUGGAUAGGUGAUAGACUAAGGUUACCAUCAGGAUGUAGUAGUAAUAGAAGAAGAAGAACCCCUCCAUUUUUGUAUAGACCUCUCACUUGUGAGUUAUGUAAGGCUCUUUAUCCGACAUAUGUUAAUAUUGAUGGUAAUAUUGAAUGCCUCUAUCCCUUACCCCAUGUCAAACCUCCCUAUAUUGUAUUUGAGCUCAAUCUUAAUCCUACAUCCUCCUCCUCCUUCGAGCAGCAACAGGAGCAAGAUGGUAGUAGUAAUAGUAUAGAUGCUAACAUUGGGCUAAAUGUGGUCAGCCUUGGGGGUUAUAAGUGUAGGGAUAUUGGUCCUGAGAUUGCCGAUAAUAAUACUAUGUUGGAUGAUAACUAUAAUAAUAAUAAUAAAACGGCUGAUGUUGAUGGUAUUAUUAUAGGGCGAGGGCACGAUAGUGAUGUUAGAAUAUCUGAUGUAUCUAUAUCCAGAAAGCAUUGUUUAUUACGAUAUCACAAUGGUCAAUUCUAUAUACAGGAUCUGUAUUCUAAGUUUGGUACAUUAUUAUCAAUACCAUCUCAAGGGCUCAAGAUACCACCAUCGGGUUCAAUAGCUGUACAAGUUGGUCGUACAGUAUUGAGGGUUAUUGCUCCACGAAAGGGGACGACAAGAUGGCCCCCAUCAUCAUCAUCCAUAUUACCUUCUCCUCCUCCUAAUGGAGUGCCACAUAUAGUAAGACCAUAUCAAAUAGGAGGAUAUUAUAGGGAUCAACCUGCUGCUUAUGAUGGUAGUAGUAUGCCUAUGGUAGUAGUACCAUCAACAUAUCCCCCUCCUAUAUUACAUGGACACCAUCAUCAUUAUGAUAAUGAUGAGCAGGAUGAUGAUGAUGUUAUGAUGGUUAUACCACAUCCAUCAAACGCUGAUGGUAUCCCUAGUAGUAGUACUACUGAUACUUCCCAUGGUCUUCUAUAUAAUACUAUACAUGAUGAUGAUGUUAUGAUGAUUAUACCACAUCCAUCAAACGCUGAUGGUAUCCCUAGUAGUACUACUAAUACUUCCGAUGUUAUGAUGGUAUCUAGUCCUACUACCACUUCACCGCCGCAUAGAAUCGAUUGAUUUAUCAAUAACCAUACAUCGAGGGCAGACCAGUAUUAAAUGCUAUAGUAAGGGUGAUGGAUGAUACUAGGAUGAUGAUAAUGAUGAUACUUUUACCAACAACAACAACAAUCAAUAAUUCAUAAUAACAAUAAUAAUCGUUACUGUUUUCAAU